UGUGCCCUGCCUUCACACCCCCCACCACAUGCCCCCUUUGUCUUCUCCGGCCGUCAUCCCUUCCCUGUCUCCCCCUCUGCCUGUCUGGUUCUCUCCCUGCCUGGGUGUAUCCCCGGGGACCUCUGUCCAGGCUGGCGGUCCUUCCAUUCCUUCCGUCUUCCUGGGAGCCUUUCCCGCCACCCCUAGCUGGCCCUCUUUGUCAAUUUCCUUCUUUUUUCUCUUCCUUCCUUUGCCUUUCUUUCCUCUGUCACUCUGUUUCUGUCCUUCCUUCUCACGGUUACUUCAUCCCUUUGUGUCCCUGCUUCUCUCCCCAUUAGUCUCUCCACUGUGGCUUUUCCAGUGUCUCUCUCUCUGUGUGUGUCUCUGGCUUCUGCUCUGAUGGUCCCUCUGCCAGUCUCUAUUUUUAUCCCUAUGACACACCCCCUGUGUCCAUCUCUGUCUGUCUGUCUCUCCCCCUCCCGCUUUUCCGGAGGUCCCAGAUCCAGGUCCCAAUUAGUUGGUUGCCUCCAAGGCAGUGGCGCGGCCCCCACCUUCUGCUCCUCAUUACAGCUGGCGGCUCCUAAUGAGCCUGGGGGGGAGGCUGACCCUGGGCCCCCAGCCCCCAGCCCCCUGGUCUGCGUCACUGCCCGCUGUGAGGGCUGUGGAAGGGAUAUAAGGGGGCUGUCAGCCUCGCUGUCAGAGCCCACUGCGCGGUGAUGGAGACUCGCCAGGUGCCCAGGAGCUCCCGGGUGCGGCUACUGCUGCUGCUUCUGCUGCUUGUGCCCUGGGGCGUUGGCACUGCCUCGGGCGUCGCCCUGCCCCCCUCGGGGGUCUUCAGCGUCCACUCCCCCAGCCGAGCCUGGGCGGGCCCGACCACCCGCGUGUGGCGACGGACCCUGGCGCUGGCGGACGACGCGGCCUUCCGGGAGCGCGCACGGAUGCUGGCUGCCCUGGAGCGCCGCCACUGGCUGAACUCGUACAUGCACAAGCUGCUGGUGCUGGAUGAGCGAUGAGGGCCCGACCGUGGGCUCGUUAAUAAAGACCCUGCUGUGCGUUG